AUGACAGCUAUUGAAGCACGUGAAAAACAUAUGAUUCAACGAGCUGAUUAUAUAAGACAAGAAAAAUUGAAUUUUUUUCGACGUAGUUCCGGCCUUACAAAACGAUAUAAUGAAUAUCGAUGGCGUCGGAGAAAAACAAAAUUAAAUAUUCGAAAUCAUACGGAUAUGUUUCUUUGUUUAUAUUUUGCCAAUACUAUUAUACCAUUAUCGAAUGAACAAUUGAUUAUUAUUAAUAAACGUUUGAAAUUUAUUCUACCAUGUCACAGUCAUUUCUAUUAUCGUCAACCUAUGAAAAAAAUCAUUGAUCGAAAAAUAUAA